UGUAUGUGUGUGUGUGUGUGUCGGAGAUUUAGACCUAGGUGUUGCGAGGCUCGAGAGCAGUGUUAGCACAGCUAGCGCGAGGCUGCGUUCACUUCAUUGAGAGUUAGCCGUUAGCCGCGAGCUCGUUUAAGUGAGUGAUCAUGGCGGCGGUGCGCAACCUGCGGGUGUCUGUGAAGUCGGAAAGCGCGUCCGAUCGGUCAGAGUCAGACUCGGAAUCAGACUCGGAUCGAGAUGCCCGGGAAGCGGAGCCCAUGGAGGUGGAGGAGGGUGAGCCAGAGCUGGAGCCCAUCCCUGUUCGCCGAAGUUUAAAUGAGCUGUUGCCGGACACCAGCAGACGCUAUGAAAAUAAGGCUGGCACCUUUAUCACUGGAAUCGAUGUCACGUCUCAGGAGGCCAUAGAGAAAAAGGAGAAGCGAGCGAGAAGAUUUCAUUUUCGCGCAGAGGAAAAUCUGGCGCAGAGGAAUGUUGUUCUAGACCGGGAUUUGAUGAAGAAAGGUAAGAAAUAUUACACGGCUAAAGCUCAACAAUUGAUUUAA